ACGUAUGUGACUACAAGGUGUUAUCGCGGGGGUUUGCACACUGUUGUCAGUCAUUCUGAUGAUGGCAGCCCAUUUGAAGAAGCGAGUUUACGAGGAAUUUUCCAAAGUUGUACAGCAACAUCCCCUUGAAGAGGUUCCUGCUAAAAAGCUCCGAUUGACCAAGCCCAGCAAGUCUGCGGCGCUUCACUUGGAUCUGUGCAAGGCUACCAAUCCCACAGAUGCUCUGCAAUACUUGCUACAGUUUGCCCGCAAGACAGUGGAGGCAGAGAGUGUAGAGGGAGUAGCACGCAUUCUUUUGGAACACUACUAUAAGCAGGAGACGGACACUUCAGUGCGGCUAAAGAUUGCUUCCCUUCUUGGGUUGCUGUCCAAAACACAAGGGUUCUCCCCAGAUUGCAUAGUAGAUGAUGCCAUAAGUACACUCAACAAUGAAAAGUCCCACCAGGUCCUGGCCCAGCUGUUGGACACUCUGCUCGUCAUUGGCACCCAGCUUCCAGACACUGUGGCCAUCACCCAGAGACUGAUAGAGGUGGCAUGCAAGCAUCUGUCAGACACGUACUUUGGAGUGAGGAACAAGUGCCUUCAGCUUCUGGGCUGCCUUGGGACUGUGGACAAGCCGCUGACCAAAGAGAGUGAAGCAACGACAGGGACAUCAGGAGCCCCUGCAAGAGACGUUCAGAGUGUCAUCAGCGAUUACUUUGGUGAUCAGGAUCCAAGAGUCAGGACAGCUGCCAUCAAAGCUAUGUUGCAACUUCACGACAGAGGGAUGAAAAUUCAGCAGACCAUCUAUAAUCAGGCCUGUAAGCUGUUGAAUGAUGACUACGAGCAAGUCCGCUCAGCUGCAGUACAGAUGGUGUGGGUUCUAAGUCAACUUUAUGCAGAGAGCAUUGUUCCCAUACCGUCAUCAAAUGAGGAGAUCCGGCUGGUGGACGACUCGUUUGGAAAAAUCUGCCACAUGGUCAGUGACGGAUCAUGGGUGGUCAGGGUCCAGGCUGCCAAACUUUUGGGGUCUAUGCUUCAGGUCAGCCCCCACUUCCUGGAACAGACAUUAGACAAGAAACUGAUGUCAGACCUUCGGAGGAAGCGCACAGCCCAUGAGCGGGCGAAAGAGCUCUACGCCUCAGGAGAGUUCUCCUCUGGCCGAAGGUGGGCAGAUGACGCUCCAAAGGAGAAGGUGGACACCUCUGGGGUGAACCUGAUUGACUCAGGGGCCUGCGGUGCCUUUGUGCACGGCCUAGAGGAUGAAAUGUAUGAGGUGAGGACUGCCUCUGUCGAGGCCCUGUGCUUGCUGGCCCAGUCCUCUGCCGGCUUUGCGGAGAAGUGCCUGGACUUCCUGGUGGACAUGUUCAACGACGAAAUCGAAGAGGUGCGGCUGCAGUCCAUCCACGCGCUCAGACAGAUCUCCAUCCACAUCACCCUCAGGGAGGACCAGCUGGACACGGUGCUCGCUGUGCUCGAGGACUCUUCUCGGGAUAUCCGCGAGGCCCUGCACGAGCUGCUGUGCUACACCAACGUCUCCACCAAGGAGUGCAUCCAGCUGGCACUGCUGGAGCUGCUCAAGAACCUCACCAAGUACCCCACCGACCGCAACUCUGUAUGGAAAUGUCUGAAGUUCCUUGGUGUGCGCCACCCAACCCUGGUUCUACCUCUGGUUCCUGAGCUGCUGAGCACGCACCCAUACUUUGACACCCCAGAGCCAGACAUGGAUGACCCAGCUUAUAUUGCUGUGCUGGUGCUGGUCUUCAACGCAGCCAAGUCCUGCCCAACCAUGUCGGCACUGUUCUCAGACCACACUUUCCGACACUAUGCAUACCUGCGAGACAGUCUCUCCCAUCUGGUGCCUCAGUUGCGGCUGCCGGGGAAGAAGCUGACGUCAGGGAUUGGUUCGGAGGCGUGUGGGCCGGGCUCGGGCAGCGUGGAGUCGGCCCGCCUCUUCCUGCAGGACAGCAUGGCUCACGUCAGCAUGCUCCAGAGUCUGGAGGCACCAGGGGCCCAGGACCUGCUCGACUUCACCAUCAGAGAUCUGCAGAGGUUGGGGGAGCUGCAGAGUGAGCUGGCCGGCUCGGCAGACUUCUGUGCCACCUACCUGCGCUGCCAGCUGCUGCUUACAAAGGCCCUGCAGGAGAAGCUUUGGAACAUGGCUGUUCCUCUGUGCCUGAAGCAGAACGCAAUGGCAUCAGCUGCAGUCAAACAGAUCCUGGAGGAGACGUACAAGCUGGAGUUCCUGUACAGCGGGCUGGAGACGCGCCAGGUGGCCACCAUUCACCAUGUCCGCCUGCAGGCCAAAGCCUUACAGCUGGUGCUCACUGCCCGCACCAAACGAGGGGUGGACCCCCUCAUUGGUAUCAGUGAGAAGUUCAUCCAGGAAGUGGAAUCAUUCCAGAGGCUCUUUAUGUCUGAGCUGCCCCACUUCCAGGAGAGUUUUGUGGAGAAGCUGCUGGAGGUGAUGCCUAGGCUCGUGGCCUGUAAGCCCCUGGACCUGGUGAAGAUCCUCCAAACCACCCUCAGACAGAGCGGCUUCCUGCACCUGAAAAUCCCUGAGCAGAUCCAACGUGCUUCUGCCACCAUCAUCGAGCCGACAGGCGAGUCAGACAAUCCGCUGCGCUUCACAACAGGCCUGGUGGUGGCGCUAGACAUCGAUGCCACGCUGGAGCAUGUGCAGGAGCCUCAAAACACAGUCAAAGUCCAGGUGUUGUAUCCUGAUGGGCAGGCCCACAUUAUUCAUCCCAAACCAGGAGACUUCAGACACCCUGGGCCUGGGCGUGUCCGCCUCAUCACCCAGGUGUACCUCUCCCAUUCAGCCUGGACAGAACCUUGUCAGAUUGAGGUGAGGUUACUACUGGCCUACAGCUCCAGCACCAGCAAGCUGUCCAGCCCUAAGCCUGCAUGGAACGAGAGUACGGAGGGGCUUCCUCAGACCGAGAGCUCCAUAGAAGGCACCAUCCCACUCAGCAAGCCCGUGAAAGUGUUCAUCAUGCCCAAGCUGGCUCGCCGUUGAAACCGGUCACUCUGAGCUGAGUUGUCAGCUAGGACAGUAAAACUGGAGAGAGUUGGGGUCAUAAGAGACAGUGAUGAGACUCAAUGGACAAACGUAGCCGUGCUCGCUUGUACUGACCACCCCUUUAACUUCUGAAGUGAAAGUUUGUUGUUUUAAAAGUCAAAUAGAUUCAUUUUUGUAUCACUGCAAAGAUAGCUCUUUGGAUCAAUGGUCAAAAAGUCAGACUGCGCAAAAAUAGAUUUUUAUUUGUUAUAAUUGAUCAAAUAAACAAGUGCUGUGUAAAACUAUUUUUCUGAAAAGAAAGCUCCAAAUAGAGUUUGUCAAUCGUUCGUCAGAUUGAGAUGGAAAUCACAGGCCCUGAUGUGUCGAUGUUGGCAGCAUAAUCAGCAGGUGGAGUGAAAGACCCCUCCCACCUUUGCCCCCUGCCCGGCCAGGUUGUUGUACUCUUUCACAGCCUUCUCCGUCUGGAACACUUUAACGUCCACCCCCUUCUGCCUCACGUAGUCCAGAGUGCUUGAUGGCACCUACAACCGAAAUGAAUGGUCAUGGAAUUCAGUACAGGUAGAUGAUGGGCGGGGUAAGUGCCAUGUGUUGUUUGUUUUGUUUUUAUUUAUCUGAAAUUAUUUUCUGCAAAGGAGUUUUUACCAGAAUUCAUACAGGUCUUUGGGGGAUUUUUGAUGCAACCACUUUGUAGUAUGUCAUUACAUUGUAUUUUGAUAAAUACUUAUGCAGGCUUGUCUUUA